UUAUUUACAACCUUUCACAUUCGCCUCAAUGGAAACAUAAACUUCUGUGUGACUACGAAAAUAUAUAAGAAACUGCUUGACUUUAAAUGGUUUGACUAAAUUGGAAAAUGGGGGAAAACUCUUCAAACCAUACUGCUGACUCAUGCGAACAAUUUAAUUAAAUGCAAAUUAAAAUGCUUUUAGGGAUAUUAAGAAAAGGCGACGACACAAAGUUCUUAAGGGCCUGUGAAAAUUUCGUCCUCUUAGUUUUGAGCACAUUUUCCAUUUUCAUUGCUCGGCAUUUUCCGACCGUGAGCCAUAAUUAUUAAAGUGUUAUUUCGUUUCGCCAUUACACUGAAAACAUCAAGAGCUACGCAUUUAAUUUGCAGUGAGAUUAACUUUUAUUUAUCCUACAGCUUUAAGUUAACAAAAUGUUUUGUCUAGGGAUCAUAAAUUUAUAUCACAUAGUGGAUAGAAAUUCUAUUUAACCAGCCCUUUAACCGAAGGCCAUAAUUUCUAUUGAAAUGGGUCUACAUUUUUAAUUAAAGCCGUCAAAUGUCAACGGCUCUUUUCAUUUGAUUAAAUUUUAAGACCCUUCUGUAAACUACAUAAAAUGCGAAAUACACGCAGGUGCACCACCACCUAUUUCGCGUAAUUUGCAAAAAUGUAAUUGAGGCCAACAUGGUACAUGUGGAAGCAUUUUACGCUGCUUUUCAUUAUUAUAAUGAUGCUUAUUAUUUUAAUGAAAGCUUUUAGUUUCACCUAAAGUGCGGGAAUGCCUGCGUAGAGUGGAACGGAAAUUCAUAAUCAAAAUAUGACCGUCUGCAGUGCGAAACAUAUAAAACGCAUUACUUCGCAAACAGUAAUGACUCAGUAAGUUUACUACAUGCAUUCCUAGAAACCAAGUGCAAUCUAUAAACAAAUAGUGCGAAUGUUCUAUUCAAGUUGUUCCAAUUUUGCAACACCCUUUACUCACUUCACUUUCUCUAAAAAAAUGGGGAAGAAUCUUAAAUCUUAGGCAAAUUAAUGCCUAAAUUAAUUAAUUAAUUAAUACAAAUGCGAACGUUUUAAGUCGUAUAUAAAUAACAUAAAUAAAAGGAUGUGAACAAAAUAUCUGUGCUUUAAUAACUCAUCGAAUAUAUAUAUGAAUAUAUCUAUAUAUCAAUUUCCUGAUAUCAUAAAUCUACCGAAUUAUGCAAAAACAUGUUGUUUUUAUAGCUACUUAAUUGUACUUCUUAAGUAAAUAUACUCCGGCAUAGAAACUUCUUGUCGUGCACGUGUUCCCAUUUUUUCGGGAUUUUCACAAUUGCCGAUAGAAUCGAGUUGGCAGCGCCUUUUGGAGUUUAGCUUUCCGUGUCACUUUGCAUAUUCGAUAUUCAAUAGUAAUUCAGUCCAAUCAUUUUUCUUGCCGGAGGUGUUUAACUGAAAGUCUGUGUUUAUUGUGAAAAGAGCUACUCUAAUAUCAUAAACAAAAUUCAGCAAACUUUUGAGUUUUUGCUUCGCCAACGACGAUUCUCAGCGCUCAAUUGGUACGCAAUAUCAUCCGUGCACGAAUUCCAUUGCAAGAAUCUCUUCAAGCACCAUGGCCCAGCAGAUGCGCAUUCCGCCGGAGCGCCACUUUGGCCACCGCUGCGUGAACUGCAAGAUAUCUGAUUUCCUGGGCCGCCGCUACACCUGCCGGUUCUGUGCGGACUACACCUUGUGCGGCAAGUGCUUCGAUGACAACCGUCUGCCGGAUUCGCCCCAGCAUUGCUAUUACCAUCCGAUGAGUGUUUACUAUGCCUUCGCCGAGUACGAGCUGUACUUCGGCGGCGAGCCGUUCCGCGGUGAUCAUAAAGUGGCCCAAAGCUACAAGUGCGCCCUGUGCGAUGUUCGCGGCCUUUCCACCGCCAAUUUGUACAGGCACCUACAGCAGGAGCAUCGCACCCACCGUGACCACAAUGCCUACAUGUCGUUGGUCAAUGCCCUCCAUAUGGCGGACAACGUAAUGGAGCAACCGGUGCCAGUACCGGUACCGCAGCCCUUAAGCCAAACGCGCUCGAAUCGAGCUCGCAAUUUAGCAAGCCUUCGAACAGUAGCCGGUGGCAACACGCGGCCCGAGCAGUUAUUUAAUGCCGCCUUCAACUUGGUCCUAUUGGUUGUCCAGCUGGACAAUAUGGAUUCAACUGCCGACGACUUUCCUGAACGCUGCUUUGAGAUACUGCAGCAGACUGAAACUGUGCUUAUGCAGCACAGAAGUUCCAGAGCGCCGGACACGGAGACGAUUGAGUCUUUUGUACGCGUUGUCGAAGAUCAGGUGGUGGCUAGCAUGGCCGAUCGUCGUCAGCGUCUGGGCGGCUUCGCAUUACCUCGCCUGACCCGCGGUGAGGCAAUCGCUCCUGGUGCUAAUGCGUUAGCUAUGAGCUUGCGUGAUGCCAUGCCCGUUGUGUUUGACCGGGCGACCACAAUGGUGCACAGACCGACGGCUAGGCGUGCCCGAGAGCCUAUCGGGCUACCCCCUAAAUUGGCGGUGUCUUCGUCUUCUGGCAGCGGAAAGGCGGCUUCCAGCUCUGGUCAAAAGGUCCCGACCCAAACGAGUGCGCAAGGAGAAAAGUCUACCAAGAAGAUGUCAACUGUCAUUAUUUCCCCACUCAAGGAUAAGCGCUUUUUGUGCUCGAAAUUAGUGAGGGGAAAUGCCCAAAAGAUGGAAACCAAAUUGCACAAAGCUACCUUUACCGAGGCCAUAUUCUGUUCGAUGCUGGCAGACGAAGAGCUGUUCCAGCCGCCAAUUGGUCUGCCCUGGACUGCGAAUUUCAUGUCGGGCGCAGUUGAGCCAUUAAGCGGUGUAAACCCAAAUGGGAAACUAUUGCUGUAUCCUGUUAAAACCAAGGAAUUAAUGGAAAGCUUCUACCAGGGUCUCGCCGAGUACAAAACUUGGAUGGGAUUGGAUCAGACCGACCCAACGGCCGAUAGCAAGGCAACUGAAGUCCCAGUCCCCCCCAACAGCUCGGCUUAUUUCGCAGUUUUUGACGAUAUUCCAUACGCUGAUUCCGGAUCGGAUGAUUUGGAAAGUGGUAAUAGUAAUGAGUCAGAAGAAAUGGCCAGCGAUUUGCUUGCCGAAGAAGACGACGAUGAUUUAGUCGAAUUGGAGGAGUACAAGGAAAGCGGCGAGGAAGAAAACGAAGAUGAGGGCGAUGAAGCUUUGGAUUCCGACUUCUCUGAGUCAGCCAUUUCUCAAAUCACCGACUUCAUAGAAAUGGUCAUCCAGGACGAAUAGGCGGGCAGCCAGGCAGCCAGCCAGCAUUUGUAGGAAAUAAGCCUCGGUAUUUUCAUAAUUACAUAUGCACAUGUAGUAUUUUAAAAUAAACAUUUGUUAAAUAUGACCAAA